AUGCCCAGUCAAAAGCGCGGAGAUAAGAUGCGAAAUGCUGCGAUGCAGGAGGCCAUGCGCUCUACGAUGCGGUAUCGACAUGGCGCCAUCAUUACAAAGGGUGGCAAAAUUUUGAGUCAGGGGCAUAAUCACGUCCGAACUGGUUUCAGUGGGCCUCUCUUCGCACAUGAGGCCGUCCAUCUACCCUCCAACCGACAAAUGGAAGUAAACGAUGAAGAUACUUCUGAUAAUUCCUGUUGUCAUCCGGCUACCCGAUCAGGACCCCGCUCACAGUCCCAGGCAUAUUUCAGUAUGCAUGCCGAGAUGCACGCCGUGACUUCAGCACUACGUGGUGCCAAGCCUCACAUACCGCGAAGCAGUCUCAUUCUUGAUCCAGUUGAUGUCGCAUGUUCAAAGCUCCGAGAGAUGUCGCUCGAGAUGCAGGAUGGCUCCCGCUUCAGCGACGCGUCCUCCAUGGUAUCCACCGGUAAGCGCGUGGUGAAUACCAAGACCAAGUGUGAUCGUGCAUUGGUUGAGGGCGCGAAGCGGGAGCAAGAACGCGUCGCUUUUGCCACGGAAACUCAGUGGUGUCUUAAACCGCGCGAUAAAGCAGGAACAAAAGAAAAACCAAAGGCACGCCCGCGCUGGAGCUUUGAGCGCUGCGCGGUUCCAAUGCUCUCAAUUCGACGGUAA